GACAAUAGCCUACUCGAUACAUCAUAAAAUAUAUCAUGAAAAGUUGACAUUUUAUUUUCUUGUGUCUUAUCACAAAAACUAGAAAUUAUUGCGAAGAUUAAGUCUGAAUAAUGUAGCUUAGUUUAUUACAAAAACUAGUGUUUCAAAUAGUUGGUCAUGUUUCGACAAUUUAGAGAAAACACCUUGGUAUCUCAACCUAAACCAGAAGUCCAAACAACCCAUGAUGACCUUGUCAAAAUACACAAAGAUGACCACAGCAGUGAUGAAGAAUUUGCAUAUGCAGAUGUGGAUUUACAAAAUUUGGUGGGAAAACAAAUUAUCAUGUGGUCACACAAAAUGCCAGAAACCCUUGCUCUCUAUACUCCACUGGCUGGCGAUAAUUUACUGAGAAUGGCUACUUUUGCUAUAUCUAGUCUCCAAUAUGAUAGACAUAAUGAAAAACUUAUGGUGCUUAAACCAAAACGGAAAAGACCAGUCAACAUUUUGGAUAUUUAUCGUGUGAAACAUGGUUCGUGUAUUUUUAUUGUGCCAAAGUGCGACCCAACAAUAACGCUAGAAGCCAAACAACUGAAUGCCAAAUUCGAUCUGGUUCUCAGUGUAGCCACAACUGUCGGAGAACUCAAACAAUUUUUACACAAUCAGAAAGGCUACCCGACAGAUAGAAUAGAACUUCUUUAUAAAGAUACACCAUUAGUUAAUACUAGACAUUUGUUUGAAUAUAAGAUAGGUCAUAAAUCACGCUUGUUUGUAAUGUUACAUCUUUACUAUGAUAUAUUAGUUCACAUUGAAUGUUUCUGGGGUCAGACGUACCAUAUUUACGUUGAUCCAUGUAUGACAAGUACGAACAUUAUAUAUACCGCUUUAAAAAGAACGGUAGGUCCUGACAUUAAAAAUGUUAUGGCCCUGUUUGAGCUAUAUUUACCCAAACACACUUUAGUGGUAUAUCAUAAAAAGAAUCCAUUGAAAUGGCAUGAAUGUUUAGGAAUGUACCAGAUCAAAGAUGGCAGUACCCUUACUCUAACAACAGUCGGAAUGUUCAACAAAUUAGCGUUACAGACAAUUCCUGUUACUAUGGAUGAUGGUGUGACCAAUACAGUAUCUGUAUCUCAGUUUGACUGCUGGUCUACAGUGGCACUGAAAAUUCAUGGAAUAACGAGAUUGCCGAUGAACCUUAUACGCUUGUAUAAAUCUAGAAAGGAAAUUGAUUUUUCAGAAACAGUUGGAGGUAUGUGGAACAGCGGUAUUGGACCCCACAUCAUGGCCUCCAUAUCGCAAGCCCAGAUUGAUCCGGAUACACUUUAUGGGUUGGAACUUAAUAUUAUCCUUGGUACUGGUAUAUCAGAAUACAUCAGAUGUGCUGCUAACAGAAAAAUCAAAACUGUCAAAAAAAGACUACAAGAAAUGGGUGUACCAAAUGCUUCUGUAUAUGAUAUAUAUGCAGAUGGCACAAAACUUCCAAACGAUGGAAAAAUAGCAGAUGUAAUGGAUGAUACUAGGAUACCAUUAAGUUUAAAAUUAAAGAGUUACCCAAUUUUUAUCCAUUCUCCAAAAACAAUUAUUUACAAAAUGUUUGCCCAUGCCCAUGAAAGUUUGGCGACUUUUAAAGUUCGAAUUCAGAUGAAAACUGGCUUGUCAAUCAAACAUUAUGAUUUACUGAUAUCUGGCGAACUGAUAACUGCAGGUGAUGAUACCCCUGUCUUCGAUACAAACAUUGCCAUUAAAACAUCCAUAUUUCUCAUUCCGAAGGAAAAAUGUAAUACUUUUAUUGUGAUAGCUAACGAUUGGCUGAUCAAACUCAAAAUACCCACAAAUCCCAUCUAUAAACAAAUAAAGGACAUCCUGUGGAAAGAAGCGCAGAUUCCUGACGGCAGUCUCUAUUCUAUAACAACUUUCUUACUCUGGUUUUAUCAAAAAACGGAUAAAAGAAAAGAACAAAAUUCAAAGUCUAGGAAAAUGUACAAUCCUCUUGCAAUUGAGGGUCCACAAGCUACAAUGAGGCAGCCUGAAUACCAAGAUUAUCAAGUGAAAGAACUACGACAAGAUAAACAUAAUAAGUCAUUAAUUGUAGUCCAUGGUGGCAAGAACCCACCCAAAAGUACAUUUCCUUAUAAACCUGGUGUUAUUGACAUGGAUACAGCUGCUUUACUUUCACUUCGACAAUAGUUUGUGUCAGAUAAAUUGGAUUAUAUAUGUGACUGAGAAUAUUUUUGGGUUUUUUUUAAGGAAGAUUAGAUUAUAAAUGACAAUACAAUGUGUAUCUUUCUUACUCAUGAACUAAUUAUAAGGUAAUUAUUCAAAACAUGUUUCAAAUCAAUAUUCUUUAUUUCAUGUUUUAAUUAAUGAUUUAUUUGGUUUAAAAAAUAUUUUAUUUCUAUUAUAUCAUGAUUAUUUACAAUACUGAUAUUGUGGAUCUGAAAACAAGCCAUAGCUUAUAUAAAUUAUUUAAUGUAUGUCUUUCAUUGCUAUUUUAUAAUCAGAAGAUCGCCAAAUUAAAAUAAAUACAAUAUAGAAAUAGGUUAUAGCAGGGUUCUUGUAUGUAUACAAAAUUUACACUGUCCAUCUACAAUUAGCUUCGCAUUAGAAUAGAGUCAACAGAGUUGAACAGACAUUAAGUAUACUUCGAGAAAUUGAGAAGUUCUCCUACCAUUUCAUGAAAUUAAAACUGUUUAUUUAGUCUUUGUGUGUAGCAAAGAUGUAAAACUGAUUAGAACCGCAUUAAAAAAUAAUAUACUAAUUUUUGCAAUCUGAUUAAAA